AGAAAGAGAGAGAGAGAGAAAGAGAGAGAGAGAGAGAGAAGAGAGAGAGGAGAGAGAGAGAGAGAGAGAGAGAGAGAGAGAGAGAGAGAGAGUUCAGUUAUCAGACUAACACCUUCAAGCCUUUAGGAAAUCAUAAAGUUGAUCACGUGGUUCAGUAGAAACGCCCCCUGCUGGGAGUUUCACUGAGUCUAUAUAAGAACCAGUCAGUCUGAACCAGUAACGGUCUGCGCUCCUCUGGUCCCAGUCUCCAGUCCAGAUCAGUUUCCUGUAGAUUCUCCUCCCAGUUAUAAACCAUGGACAGAAUCAUUUGCUCUCAGCUCUGCCAGCAGCAGGUCCAUCCUCACCGACCGGACCGGCAGCUGGGAUCUUCCAGCGAGCUGACAGUUUCUGGAAGAGCAACAGCUUUAUCAGUGUUUAGUUACUGGUUAGUUACUGGUUAGUUACUGUUCUGUUCACACCAACGGCGACGACAGAAAGGAAAAUGAGAGGAGAAAACGUUUUCACUCUUCUAGUGGCUCUGACUUUAAUCUUCCCCACCGACUGUCAAGAUCAGAGAAACGUGACAGCAGAACCGGGUCAGGACGUGGUUCUGCCAUGUAGAGCUGCUGGGAACAAACGGCUCAUCGCUGUGCAGUGGAGCAGAUCUGAUCUGGGGUCAGAUUAUGUUCUUCGCUACAGAGACGAGCGUCUGGACGAGGAGAACCAGAACCCGUCCUUCAGAACCCGGGUGGCUCUGCUGGACGGAGCGGUGAAGGACGGAGACGUGUCUCUGGUUCUGAAGAACCUGACAGCCAGCGACACCGGAGCGUACGAGUGUGGAGUCGCCCAGAGAGGAGCAGCAGAAGCUAACGCUAACAUGAAGCUCAUCAGCACCAUCUACCUGCAGGUAGCUCCGCCCCCUCCUCCAGGGAACCCAGAGGACAGCAGAAACACUGGAUCCAGAAACCUGCACCUGGGACUGAUAGUUUCAGUUAUUUUAGUCGUUGUUCUGAUUGUUGCUGCUUCGGUUCUGGUUCUGACCUGCAGGGAACCAAACAGCUGAAAAGCACCUGGACUGAUUCUUCCUCUGAGUCUGGCUUUGGCUGCUCCAAUAAUCUGAACAGAAAAGUUUCCUUCCAACAGAUUAUUGUUAUUGUUGACCUGAAUUUCUCGGAGCUUUUCUGUCUUCCUGGGUUCCACCGGGUUCUGCUGAGAUCAACACCAGCAGGCGACUUUCUGUCAGAACAAGCAGGUGAACUGAAGCUUCGUUAGUUAAAGACCUCAGAGCUGCAGAGAAGCUGCAACAUUCAGACAGAGAAACAUCAGAACUUAUGAGUUUUAUUCUCCUGACGCCUCAGUGAUCAGAAACUAAAUGACUUCAGAGGAGAACUGGGUCAGUCCGACCUGAUUUCCUCAUCGGGUUGGCAUGAGGGUCUGGCUUUAAUGAAAUAUUAAACAGUUUACAGAGAGGAGCUGCUGAGAUCAACUACAUUUUUAAUAGUUAGAGAGUUUUAUCAUUUGGACUUUCUGAAUGUUUCUUGUUAAUCCGUUAAAGAUCCAGAUUCUCCUGCCAGCAGGUUAUUAGCAACGUUAACGAUUAUCACUAUUAUAUCUAUCACGAUUAUAAUUAUAACAUUAACGAUUAUCACUAUUAUAUCUAACACGAUUAUAAUUAUAACAUUAACGAUUAUCACUAUUAUAUCUAACACGAUUAUAAUUAUAACAUUAACGAUUAUCACUAUUAUAUCUAUCACGAUUAUAAUUAUAACAUUAACGAUUAUCACUAUUAUAUCUAACACGAUUAUAAUUAUAACAUUAACGAUUAUCACUAUUAUAUCUAUCACGAUUAUAAUUAUAACAUUAACGAUUAUCACUCAAAGCAAUAAUCAUUGUUGAAAUAACGUCAGUCUUGCAGUGGUACAUAAAUAAAGAUCAUUUUUCUGGAUAAAUCAGAGGAAAAAUUAUCAUUUUUCCAGCCUGCUGCUGUCAGAACAGAAACAUGUCAAAGCUCCAAACAUGAUGAUUUAAAAAUGCUUUUAUUUAAAAAUGCUUUUAUUUAAAAAUGCUUUUAUUUAAAAAUGCUUUUAUUUCUUCCCAUCUUAAUAAUUAUAACAGCCUUUUUAUGAACUUUAUAAAAUGAAAACACAAAAUGCUUCACUGCGUCUGUCUGGACUUUGCUCAUCCUUUAAGGAGCAGCUAAAGAGCCUCUGUUCAGGUUUAUGUUUUAUUUUUCUGUCAUGUUUUAUGGUUGUGUUGCUGUGAAAUGUUUUCAUCCAGUGAAAUAUGAUUAAUAAAUAGUUCACCUCUCCUUACAGUGAACAUUACUUCAGGUACCAGCUAAGAGAUGUGAUGAGAGGAAAACCCAGUGAGGCUGCAGGCCAAACAUUUCACUCUGCAGAUGAUAGAAAACUGGAUUCAUAUUUCACUGCUUGUCUUCCUUCAGUUAUUUUAGAAAAGUUUUUCUGCUGCCUGGUUGUUUAAUGUGAAUAAAUGUUGAAUGUUUUCAUGUUUCCAUUA